CUGGAAUGUGCUUUUAUAGUCGGAUAGAAAUGUAAUUUAUUUUGAUUCUCAAAUUGAUUGGCCGUAUUUCUGCCUUUGCUAUAUUUGAGUAACUUGAGUGUGUGUUUGUGUGUGUGUUUUCUUGUCUUAUUGCACUGCCCACUGUCUCCAGCACUAAUAUCAAAUACACAUGUCCUCAGUUGUGACUAACUCUCACCUGAUCAGCCACAGCAAUGUGGAUGCUAUCUCAGUUUUACAGGUGAUGUGACUGGAACCGCACUGCAGAACCACACAGCUAGUGGAUUGAUAACACGGUCUGAAUGAAAGUCCAUCGGAGCGAGUUUAGCUGCCUCUGCCUUUUGGUCACUGCUGACGUGGGGGGAGCUAACCCUUCUCACUGUGCCUGCUCCUGCCCAGAUUCCGUUGUUAAUAAGGAAGGGAAAUGUUAUGGAAGUGAUGCCAGGGCUGCACUUGCAGUUAGUCUGAACAAAACUAAUAGACGUUGUUUAACUUAGACCUGCCAAAAGUAGGUCAGAGAGCCUUAGAAGUAUGGAAGCAUUCUUGUUCCAGCCGGUGUAAGCAUUUGCUCAGGUAAUGUGAUCACAUCUCUGGAAACUCAGAAAGAAUGGAUCUUCAUGGACUGUUAACAUUCUGAGAAAGAAUGGAAAUGUCUUCCCUCUCCCUCCCUCCCUUUCUUCCUCCCUUCUCCCUUACGUCUGUCUUUCACAGCCUUCCCAGCUUCUGUUCCUAAAACAGCUGAAGCAGCUUACAAAGGCAUGCAUAAAACAAGGUAGACCACAGAUAAGGUAAAAUCGGGACAAAUGGAAAACAAAUGUGAUAGAAUUAGUAAUUCUUUCUUAGAGUCGUUUCUUAGUUUGACCACAACAUGGCCUUAAGCUUCCUAGCAACUGAAGCAAAGAAAACCUGUCCAGCUGCACAUUGCACAGUGGGCAUGGGAUGGAAAUAGAACACUCAGUCGCUAAGGGAAUAUCCAGCGUGUCCUGAUUCAGAGGCUUGAGAGAAACUUUUGGGCAUUGGGCUGCAGGUGGACUGUGCUCCCUGGGGUCUUCUCAGUGGUGGGAAGUGAUUUCGCAUUAUCUGCAUUAUUCUAUGCAAACUUCACCUCCUUGAGGAAAAUAUUAUUCUUUCUUUAUCUCGAACAGUACCUAAAACAAUAGAUGCUGAUAAAAAUAUGUUUCUGGAAUGAGUGUUAUUUAUAAUACCCAUCUGUAAAAACCAUUGGCUGGAGUAACAUUUGUAAUAAUUAUAGCUCUAGACAUUAUCAAUGAACUACCUAGAAAUGACAUUUUAGGAGAUACUUUUCAGUUCCAUGAACAACAUCAUCAAAAAUAACUCAAUACUUAGUAAUAAAUUUAGCAAAAGCAAGGCACAGUUUACCCACCGGAAACUACAGAACACCGUGGGAAAGCCAGUGGGAAACCCGGGAACAAAUACACAACAGCAAUUCUAUGUGAAGUACAAAGGCUGAAACUUUGGGUGGGUGGCUUUUCGACUCUCUGACUUGAUUGAGGAUGGUAAUUUAAAGUUGUAAGAAGGGACUGAGGACAUGGCUCAGCAGUUAAGAGCAUUGGCGACUUUUAAGGAGUAUGUGGGUUCAAAUACUAGCUUACAACUGUCUGUAAUUCCAUUUCUAGGAGAUCUAACACCCUCUUCUGGCCCCAGAUACACACGUGGUGUACAGAUAUACAUAUAAGCAAAUACCUAUAUACAUAAAAUAAAAUUUAAAAACAUUAAAUUGUAAAUAAAAGUCACACACACACACACACACACACACACACACACACACUCACACUCUGCUUGGCAGGCUUGGGGUCAAACUAAGAGCCUCAGGCAUACCUGGAAAGUACCUGCCGUCCCUUUCCCCCUCCCUCAACCCAGCUUUUCUCCCAGCCUAGAAAAGUGUAUAUUGGAUAAAAUAGAGCCAUGCUAUAUAGAAAACUACCUCAAAUGUUUAACAGUGUGUAAUUAUAUUAAGGACUUUCAGCAUUACUGAUUACCCAUAAGUCUGUAUUCUGACAUCCCAUGAAUCAGUAUUCUCAUAUAUAAAGUAGGUAUCUGCUGUCAUUCUUAGCUAAUUUUUAUUGCGCUUAUAGCAUGUGCCUGUCACAUUUCUGAACAGCUCUGUAAAUAUUAUCACAUUUAAUGUCCCACAGGGCCAGGGAAAUUAAGCCUUUUACCCAGGGUUACUCUCCAGCAGGGACCCAGGGACAGGAGCAAGCCUAGGGUCUGGGCAGUCCGUAUAUUCUCUACUGUCCUCCCCUGCUUCUUUCUGACCUCGUCGUGACAAACCCUAGCAUCCAAUGAGUAGCUGGAAGCAUUCGGCCCAUAAAUAUGGAAUGAGAAUAUAUUUUGGGAGUCUUAAUGUCAUCAUUGGGGUACCACAAUUAAACAAGUGUCGCCAUUUUAAAACCAUCUUUCCAGGUGGCCACCUUAGAACUUCAAAAUAAUCACAUACAAACUAGAUGUGGUAGAGAUCCCACCUAUGAUGUGAGUGCUUGGACUAUGUCUCCAAAACCAAAAAAACGAAAAACAAAACCCAAGCACAGUUUGCAAGAUAUUUGCCAAACGUUGGCCUUAGAAAACGUAUUCCUCAAACAGAGACUAGGCACUAACACGAUAGGCUGACAGGCCUUGUUUCUACCUCCCUAACAUUGUGCCCAGGGAACUGAGGGGUUUGUAGUUAAGAACCUGGGCUAUAGAGUCCAUGAGUGGGGUUCAAAUCCCGCCUUUGUUACAACAGUGUAGCAUGUUGGAAAGAUGAAGGAGACUGUAAGACGCUCAGAACUCUGUGGGUGUGGAGGAAGCUUUUAAGACUAGAAGCAGGUGAAACGCACAACCUUCUAAGGCUGGACUUGACGUGAGCAGUGCAUUUGCACAAGCAACCUCUAGCAUCCAAAGUGCAGAGCUGCGAGUGGUGGUGCACAUCUUUAAUCCCAGGAGUGGGGAAGCAGAGGCAGACAGACCUCUUAAGUUCAAAACCAGCCCGGUUUACACAGAGAGUUCUAGGACAACCUGGGCUACUUAGAGAGACCCUGUCUCAAAACAAAAUGAAAACCCAGAGGACAAGCAGGAAGCUGAGUCUCUGUCCUCAGACGACUGUCCCCCAGGCCCUGCAGGUUAUUCUUCUGCAAGGAUAGGUGACUGGAGUAAUGGUUGCCCUGCGUGUUAGUCUGAGCCAAAAGAGAGAAGUUCUUUUCUGAAGAUAGGUUUCAGGAUGGCUCAGGUUGUCUGCUAUGUUUCCUCGUUCUGGAGACUCUCAGUUUAUAAACCUAGUGCGAAGAAAAAUGUCCACAAUUCUGUGAGAAUCCUGACAUUGUUUCCAGCUGGACAGUAUCAGUGAUACACCUUGGGUUGUUUAACUUAGCAUUCCAUCUGCUAAGUACCUCAGGGCUAACCGCGGUGGUCCCUAAUUGCGGCUUUUCUCAAACCACUCAGGCCUCAAAAUCCGUUCUAGAAAUAGGUGUUGUUUAUGUGCUUUAAUAUAGAAGCCGCACCAAGGUUUUUUCACGGCAUAAAUGGGAUAAAUCAUUCCUGCGGGGUGACACUGUAAAUCAGUGUAGAACUGCAGAAACUUGCCUCUCUACUGCGCUCUCUAUCCAUAAUCUGGCGUCUUUUCUCUUUCUAGGAAGGUUAUAAUAGUAACUAGAUUGCUAGGGGCCUACCCAGUACCAGGCAUGGGUCUAUGCUUUCCGUGUACGUUUGACUGUCCUGAGAUCUGGUCUGAACCGAUGCGGUUCUUCUGAGGAGUCUUUGGGGUUCCAGAGACAUCAUCCCGCUUUGUAGUAUGUGUGUGAUAGGCCUGUGCUUGCUGGGGUAACCCAAGCUCUUGCAGACUUAGGCAUGUUAGGAGGUCAUGCUGACUAAGGGACAUUCUAUUUGUCCAUUGACAUUCUGCAGGGGUGCCCAGGUUCCAGGGUUGGCAGUCCUGGAAAAACCAGUCAGCCCCUUUUGUUGCAAGUCUUAACCAGAUUCUAGCUGUUAGUGUCUUAGGUAGGUGACCUGUGCUCUUCCUUCUGAAUGCAGAGCUGGCCAUGUGGUACGUAGGACAUUGUAGGAGACAGCCAUAGCCAGGCUGACCUAUGACAUGGCUAGAAAUAAACGGGUAUUUAUUAAGGGUGCAGCCUUAAUUUGGUUAUAUGCUCAACCACGAAGCUACUCAGAUUCGACAUGCAGGUGUCUCAGUGUGACUUAAGUAACACGACAACUUAAAAAAAAAACCUAGAAUGUUUGCUUUUAAAAUUAUCUCACCUUGUCAACAAAUAUUUAUGGAGGAACUCUCACCACCACUCACAUGCCAAGAACCCUGACAGAUACUUCGGGGAUACCCUUGAGCAAGUUGAUCAGAAUAGGAUGCUGAGGAGGGAGGGCGAUCGUGUGGGCUUCUGAUUCUAGUGUGGGCAGCUACUGUACUGGGUGGGGAAGCCUGGUUCCUCUGAAUCUUGCUGGCUGGCUCCUCCUUUAGCCAGGAGGUGAUGUCCUCUCUGGAAACAGGUUUUUUUUGGACUCUCUUUAGGAACAGCUCUUGCAGCUGCUCCGAGCCACACAGGAAAAGCCAUCUCACUGUGCUACUUUAUAGCCACACCUAGCUUUGUGACCAAAAAUGGUAUUGCCAACUUGGUGACCCACUUUGUUCUUCAGAGUUGGCUCUGAUUGACUCGCCUGUGAGCCAAAACGACAUCCACUCUUUGAGGUUGAAUAUUUACCACCGCCGAGCCAAUUAUCAGUGAUUUGGAUCAUUUUGAAGUGAUUUCUUACUGACCAUUGUGGUGCUUUCUCUCUGUAGUAACAUUGUGUCCAGUCUUUCAUCUACCUCCUGCCUGUCUCUCUUCCCUGAUAGUUUGGAAUCCUUGGGAGAGUUCCGGGGCCAUACAUCCAUAUUUCCAAAACCAUAUAUUUACUAAAAUUGAACAUAUAGUUUCUGAGAAAACUUUCCAAGUUGGCCCCUUGGAACUAUUCUAACAAGAACGUUUUUGGGAAAAUGGGAAGAAUAGUAGGUUUUAGAACCUGCCAGGCCUGGCUUCAGUCUCUCUUCUCCAAGUGUUUGACCCUACAUAGUUGGGGGGUUAUAACCCCUGGCCUUGAUUUCCUCAUCUGUGUAAUGGGAACAGUAACACUUUCUUGACAGGUGAGAAGCAGUUAUCAUCCUUGUCAUAUUGGAACUCACAUAAGGCAUACAUUCAAUCUUUAAAAAAUAAAAAAAAUUUUAGUAAUCACUUCUUUGGAAAUCAUGUACAACACAAGCUGAGACUGAGGGUGUAGUUCGGCGGUAGAGCGUGUGCUUAGAUUGCGCAAGGCCCUGGUUCCAUCCGCAGCACUGAAAGAGGAGGGGAAGGUUGGGGUGGAGAGGAGGAGGAUCCCAGGAGACGAUUAUGCUGAAGAAAAUCUAGAGCCCAUCCCAAGGUCACUGAGAUCCAGAAAGAAAAGUGGAUCGACCAGGGUCAUACAGCCAGUUGUGAUAGAAGGGGAUCGGCGUAGAGCACUGUAUGUGGCUUUUGAAUUCUCUACCAUUGGAAGCCAUGCUUUCCUUGUCACAAAGAUCAAGAACGCUGAGCCAGGAAGCUCCUGAAUGACAAGGACUUGAGGUCUGCGUUCGGUGAGAAGUUAGCACACACUUCCCACAUUUUUGUGACAUUACCCUGUCACUUUGCAGAGUACAAAGCACACAGUGUCUCUCACAAAGCUGGCAGGAAUAAUACAGGGUGGUGACCAAGACACUGGUCACACAGACUCGGUCCCACCACAUGACAGCUUACGGUACCUAAUUUCUCCGGGUUUUGGUUCAUUCAUCUACAGGACAUAAACCACAGUAUCUACCUCCUAGUGUCAUUGUGAAGGUUAAAGGCAGUGAGUGCUACUACACCAAGUGACAUUGUCUGGCAUGUGAUAGGGACCCUCCAAAAUUGAGUAUUAUGAUCAAUAACACAUUUCUAAGAAGUCUCUCUAUGGCUUCCCCACUAUCUCAAGCUAACCUCUCACUAGCUGUGAAAUCUUAGCUGGUCUUCCAAGCAGAUGAUAUUGACCAGCUCUUUCUUACCCUCUCAAAGUCCCUUCUCAUCCAGAAACAUGAGAUCUUUCACCUCUGACGCUCUACCCUUCUCAGGGACCAUAAAAUCCUGAAUGGAUAGAUAGAAGUUGCCCAUCGGAAACAGAGGUCCAGAGGGAGGGAGAUAACUCAGUGGGUGAAGGCUCGAGAAUCUGAGUUUGAUCCCCAGCAUACACGUAAAAGCUAGGCACAGUAGUGUGCACUUGUAAUCCCAGGGUUGGGGAGGCAGGGACAGGCAGAUCCUUGGGGCUUGAGGCCAGCCAGCCUAGCUUAAUUGGCAAUCUCUAGGUCCCAGUGAGGGACCCUGUCUCAAGGAACAAGGAUCUGCAUAGCCCCUGAGGAGUAACACCUGAAGCUGACCUCUGGUCUCCAUGCUUCCGCAUACACAUUUGUAAAUCUUACCUCCUAUCUCUCCCCUCCCCACACAGAGGGUUAGGAACGCUAUCCCUGAGCUUUCUUGAUUAUUAACAGGUACAGGAAAGACGUAGAAUGCCGACUUUAACAAACACUACCAUUCCUAGGAGAUGCCGCUUCUUUGAAGGCAUUGCUGCCUGUGGACCUGUAUAUUCUGCCCAUAUCAUCACUACUUGGACACUGUGUUCUUUGUACAUCAGUAUACUAGACAGCUUGCUGCUUUCUCCUUUUACUGUCUGACUAAAAGUAUGAAUAGUUGAGUUUUCUAUUUCUAUUUAGAAGCUGUGAUAUACUCGAGACCAGAACAAUGCAAAUGAAUCCAAAAUUAGAGGCCAAAUUAAUGUCACUCAAGGGCAAUUCCCCCCUCACCCCUCACUUCAGUGGAGAAAUUGUAUUUCCCAGCAGGUCUUGCAUGCCCUGACUCCGGAUCCCAGCCCUCCCUCGAUUCUGAAUAUUACAUCAUUUCAUUUCGGCUAAUGUAAACACUCGUCACCCUGCAUGUUGCAGGAUCCUUCUCCACGGGUUGAGGCCGAGCCUCGUUUGCUCGGUCGGUCGUUGUGGUGAUGAAUGGUUUCAGAAAGAAGAACAGCAGGAAGAGGCCUUGCAGUGAUGGAAGAGAUCUACAGUGCCGUGAGAAGAGAAGAGACAGAAGAUACGGUUGGCUCUCUUCUGCAUUGCUCCACACAGCUCCCAACCCCUGACACAGCCCAUGGAAGGAUCGGAGAUGGUCCCUGCCUAAAGCAAUGUGUGCGAGACAGCGAGUGUGAGUACCGUGCCACCCUCCAAAGGACGUCCAUAGCUCAGUACAUCACCGGUUCUCUCCUAGAGGCAACCACAUCUUUAGGAGCAAGAAGCAGCCUUCUCAGUUCCUUUGGAGGAUCCACUGGGCGAAUAAUGCUGAAAGAACGCCAACCGGGCACUUCUAUGGCCAAUUCCAGUCCUGUUCCUUCAAGUUCAGCUGGAAUCAGCAAGGAGCUGAUUGAUCUCCAGCCCCUCAUUCAGUUCCCGGAGGAAGUAGCCAGCAUCUUAACAGAACAGGAACAGAACAUUUACCGCAGGGUCCUGCCCAUGGACUACCUCUGUUUCUUAACCCGGGACUUGAGUUCCCCCGAGUGUCAGAGAUCACUGCCCCGUCUCAAAGCAUGCAUCUCAGAAUCAAUCCUCAUGUCUCAAAGUGGAGAGCACAAUGCCCUUGAAGACCUCGUGAUGAGAUUUAACGAGGUGAGCUCCUGGGUAACAUGGCUGAUCCUCACGGCAGGCUCCAUGGAGGAGAAGCGGGAAGUCUUUUCUUAUUUGGUGCAUGUGGCCAAAUGCUGCUGGAACAUGGGCAACUACAAUGCUGUCAUGGAGUUCCUGGCUGGCCUCAGGUCAAGGAAAGUUCUGAAGAUGUGGCAGUUCAUGGACCAGUCUGACAUCGAGACCAUGAGGAGCCUGAAAGACGCCAUGGCUCAGCAUGAGUCUUCCGUGGAGUACAAGAAGGUAGUGACCCGAGCCUUGCACAUCCCCGGCUGCAAAGUGGUUCCUUUCUGUGGGGUGUUCCUGAAGGAGCUCUGUGAGGUGCUUGAUGGUGCCUCUGGCCUCCUGAAGCUCUGCCCACGAUACAGCUCCCAAGAAGAAGCCCUGGAGUUUGUAGCGGAUUACAGUGGACAAGAUAACUUCUUACAGCGAGUGGGGCAGAAUGGCUUGAAGAAUCCAGAGAAGGAGCUCACGGUCAACAGCAUCUUUCAGAUCAUCCGGAGCUGCAGCCGAAGCUUGGAGACGGAGGACGAGGAGAGCGCCAGCGAAGGGAGCGGCUCUAGGAAAAACUCCCUCAAGGACAAAACCCGGUGGCAGUUUAUAAUUGGAGAUUUGCUGGAUUCAGACAAUGACAUCUUUGAGAAGUCCAAAGAGUGCGACCCUCAUGGAUCAGAGGAGUCACAGAAAGCCUUUGACCAUGGGACAGAGCUCAUCCCAUGGUAUGUGCUGUCCAUCCAAGCGGAUGUGCACCAGUUCCUCCUGCAGGGGGCCACAGUCAUCCACUAUGACCAGGACACACAUCUCUCCGCCCGCUGCUUUCUCCAGUUGCAGCCUGACAAUAGUACCUUGACCUGGAUGAAACCUCCCACUGCCUCCCCAGCUGGUGCCAGACUCAAGCUCGGUGUGCUUAGUAACGUGGCCGAACCUGGCAAGUUCCCAUCACUGGGCAACGCUGGGGUGAGCGGCCUGGUAGAGGGAAUCCUGGAUCUGUUUUCAGUGAAGGCUGUGUACAUGGGACACCCUGGCAUUGAUAUACACACUGUGUGUGUCCAGAACAAACUUAGUAGCAUGCUUCUGUCAGAGACUGGGGUGACGCUGCUCUAUGGGCUUCAGACCACCGACAAUAGAUUACUGCACUUCGUGGCACCAAAGCACACAGCUAAAAUGCUUUUCAGUGGAUUGCUGGAACUCACUACAGCUGUGAGAAAGAUACGGAAGUUCCCUGACCAAAGACAACAGUGGCUUCGGAAACAGUAUGUCAGCUUCUAUCAGGAGGAUGGUCGGUAUGAAGGCCCAACCUUGGCACAUGCUGUGGAGUUGUUUGGUGGUAGGAGAUGGAGCACUAGAAACCCCAGCCCUGGGAUGUCAGCAAAGAAUGCCGAGAAGCCCAACAUGCAGAGAAACAACACCCUAGGCAUAAGCACCACCAAGAAAAAGAAGAAAAUGCUCAUGAGGGGGGAGAGUGGAGAGGUGACGGACGAUGAGAUGGCCACCCGCAAGGCCAAAAUGUACAGAGAGUGUCGCAGCCGGAGCGGCUCUGAUCCUCAAGAGGCUAAUGAACAGGAAGACUCAGAGGCCAAUGUCAUCACUAACCCUCCCAACCCCCUCCAUUCCAGAAGAGCCUACUCAUUGACCACGGCUGGGUCCCCCAACUUGGCUACCGGGAUGUCAUCUCCUAUCAGUGCCUGGAGUAGCAGCAGCUGGCACGGGCGGAUCAAAGGAGGAAUGAAAGGCUUCCAGAGCUUCAUGGUCUCAGACAGUAACAUGAGUUUCAUUGAAUUUGUCGAGCUGUUCAAAUCAUUCAGCAUAAGGAGCCGCAAGGACUUGAAGGACAUCUUUGACAUCUACUCUGUACCCUGCAAUCGGUCUGCUUCUGAGUCAGCCCCACUGUACACCAACCUGACAAUCGAAGAAAAUACCAAUGACCUUCAGCCUGACCUAGAUUUGCUGACUAGAAACGUCUCCGACUUGGGGCUGUUCAUGAAGAGUAAGCAGCAGCUUUCUGACAACCAGAGGCAGAUAUCUGACGCCAUUGCUGCUGCAAGCAUUGUGACUAAUGGCACUGGGAUUGAAAGCACGUCCCUGGGCAUAUUUGGGGUCGGCAUACUCCAGCUCAACGACUUCCUGGUGAAUUGCCAAGGAGAACACUGCACAUAUGAUGAAAUCCUCAGCAUCAUCCAGAAGUUCGAGCCCAACAUCAGCAUGUGUCAUCAAGGUCUAUUGUCCUUCGAAGGGUUUGCAAGGUUUCUGAUGGAUAAAGACAAUUUCGCCUCAAAAAAUGACGAGUCGCGGGAGAACAAGAAAGACCUGCAGCUACCCCUCUCCUACUAUUACAUCGAAUCUUCGCACAACACCUACCUCACCGGCCAUCAGCUCAAGGGGGAGUCCUCUGUGGAGCUCUACAGCCAGGUCCUCUUGCAAGGAUGCAGAAGCAUAGAGCUGGACUGCUGGGAUGGAGAUGAUGGGAUGCCCAUUAUUUAUCAUGGACAUACGCUGACAACCAAGAUCCCCUUCAAGGAAGUGGUGGAAGCCAUCGAUCGCAGUGCCUUCAUCACCUCCGACCUGCCAAUCAUCAUAUCCAUUGAGAACCAUUGCUCAUUGCCUCAGCAACGGAAAAUGGCAGAAAUUUUCAAGAGUGUGUUUGGAGAAAAGCUGGUGGCUAAGUUCUUGUUCGAGACCGAUUUCUCAGAUGACCCAAUGCUUCCCUCACCUGACCAACUUAGAAGGAAAGUGCUUCUUAAAAACAAGAAGCUAAAGGCCCAUCAGACACCUGUCGACAUCCUCAAACAAAAGGCUCAUCAGUUAGCAUCCAUGCAAACACAGGCUUUCACUGGUGGGAAUGCCAACCCGCCACCUGCCAGUAAUGAGGAAGAGGAAGACGAGGAGGACGAAUAUGAUUAUGAUUACGAGUCCCUGUCUGAUGACAACAUUCUGGAAGACAGACCUGAGAACAAAUCAUGUGCCGACAAGCUUCAGUUUGAGUACAAUGAAGAAGUCCCCAAGAGGAUAAAGAAAGCAGACAACUCCUCCGGCAAUAAGGGAAAGGUCUAUGACAUGGAACUGGGAGAGGAGUUUUACCUUCCUCAGAACAAAAAAGAAAGCAGGCAGAUUGCACCGGAGCUCUCUGACCUCGUCAUCUAUUGCCAGGCGGUAAAAUUUCCAGGCCUGUCAACUCUAAAUUCAUCUGGCUCUGGCAGAGGGAAAGAAAGGAAAAGCAGGAAGUCCAUUUUUGGCAACAAUCCCGGCAGAAUGAGCCCAGGGGAGACAGCGUCAUUUAACAGAACAUCUGGAAAAAGUUCUUGUGAAGGAAUUCGACAAAUCUGGGAGGAACCUCCACUCAGCCCAAACACAUCCCUCAGCGCCAUCAUUAGAACUCCUAAAUGCUAUCAUAUCUCGUCACUGAAUGAAAAUGCCGCCAAACGUCUGUGUCGCAGGUAUUCUCAGAAACUGAUCCAGCACACUGCUUGCCAGCUGCUGAGGACCUACCCGGCAGCGACCAGAAUCGACUCAUCCAAUCCCAACCCCCUCAUGUUCUGGCUCCAUGGGAUACAGCUUGUAGCUCUAAACUACCAGACGGAUGACCUUCCUUUACAUUUAAACGCUGCCAUGUUUGAGGCGAAUGGUGGGUGUGGCUAUGUUUUGAAGCCCCCUGUCCUGUGGGAUAAAAGCUGUCCCAUGUAUCAGAAGUUUUCACCACUGGAAAGAGACCUGGACGCCAUGGAUCCUGCUACCUAUUCUUUAACCAUCAUCUCUGGCCAGAAUGUGUGUCCUAGUAACAGCACCGGAAGUCCGUGCAUUGAAGUUGACGUCUUGGGCAUGCCCCUGGACAGCUGCCAUUUCCGCACAAAACCCAUCCACCGAAACACUCUGAACCCCAUGUGGAAUGAGCAGUUUCUCUUCCGGGUUCACUUUGAAGAUCUUGUAUUUCUUCGUUUUGCAGUUGUGGAGAACAACAGUUCGGCGAUAACGGCUCAGAGAAUCAUUCCACUCAAAGCUUUAAAGAGAGGAUAUCGGCAUCUUCAGCUGCGGAACCUCCACAACGAGAUCUUGGAAAUCUCUAGCUUAUUCAUAAACAGCAGGAGGAUGGAAGAUAAUCCCUCUGGCAGUACCCGGCCAGCCUCUUUGAUGUUCAAUACUGAAGAGAGGAAAUGUUCUCAGACUCACAAAGUCACAGUGCAUGGUGUCCCAGGUCCAGAGCCCUUUGCUGUUUUCACAAUAAACGAAGGCACCAAGGCAAAGCAGCUUCUCCAACAGAUUUUGGCAGUUGACCAGGACACCAAACUUACAGCCGCAGACUAUUUUCUGAUGGAAGAGAAGCAUUUUAUAUCUAAGGAAAAGAAUGAAUGCAGGAAACAACCAUUCCAGAGAGCUGUGGGCCCAGAGGAAGAUAUUGUGCAGAUUUUAAACAGCUGGUUCCCAGAAGAAGGCUACGUAGGCAGGAUUGUCUUAAAGCCCCAACAAGAAACCCUAGAAGAGAAAAACAUUGUCCACGAUGACAGAGAGGUGAUCUUGAGCUCAGAAGAGGAGAGUUUCUUUGUCCAAGUGCACGAUGUCUCUCCAGAGCAGCCUCGAACUGUCAUCAAAGCCCCACGUGUCAGCACUGCACAGGAUGUGAUUCAGCAGACCUUGUGCAAAGCCAAAUAUUCCUACAGCAUCCUGAACAACCCCAAUCCGUGUGACUAUGUGCUUUUGGAAGAGGUAAUGAAAGAUGCACCCAAUAAGAAGUCUUCUACCCCGAAGUCCUCACAGAGGAUCCUCUUGGACCAAGAAUGUGUGUUUCAAGCCCAAAGCAAGUGGAAGGGUGCAGGGAAAUUCAUCCUUAAGCUAAAGGAGCAGGUGCAGGCAUCCAGAGAAGAUAAAAGGAGGGGCAUCUCCUUUGCAAGUGAACUCAAGAAACUCACGAAGUCCACUAAGCAAACCCGAGGACUCACCUCGCCUCCUCAGCUUGUGGCCUCAGAAAGUGUGCAAAGCAAGGAGGAGAAACCCAUGGGUGCCUUGGCCUCUGGUGACACAGCGGGCUACCAGUCGUGAGCCAGUGCAGCACAUUUGAUCCAGGGAUAUGAAGGGGAAGGCCCUUGAUGAGAAGCUAUCAAGAAUGGACAUGGUGGAAAGAAGUAUACUUUACCUCCAUCACAUUCAAACUGGAAAUUGAUGAUUUCCGAACUCCAGAACCUCCUCACACCCGAUGAGAGGUUCAUGCAGAGGACAAGCAAAACGGCACAGAACUGCCAACCAACUUCCUGAGGAAUGAAGCAGGGACACCCAGGGCAUUGCCCGGGGCAUUAUGGGUGGAAAAGCCACCCCUCAAGCUGAAGGCAACAAGGAACACCUGUAAAGGGCCAGGCGGUAAACAUUUUAGGGUCGGGGCCACGUGGCUUCUGUCGAAUUCAGUUAGCUCAGCUACUGGAUGGCAAAUGAAGCUGUCGACAACAGGUACAAGAAUGAACAUCUGACUGAACAAUAAAACUUUAUUUAUGGACACUUAAAUCGGAACCUCAUAUAAUUUUCACAUGUCACACAUGUUUAAGUGUUUCAACCACUUAAAAUUGUAAAAUCUUUCCUAGUUUAAGGGUCAGACAAAAACAACAUGAGGCUGGCUCGAGGACCAGCUUGCUGACCCAGCUUGGGAGAACUGGGAGCCAAAGGCACAGAGGUUAGAAAACCUCGAAAAUUGGCCGUGGGUUUAAUGAGAAGUGGAAGUCUGGGGACAUUGGAAAUGUAAAUAUGUCCUGUUAGAUUUGUUAGCAAUUAUUCAAAUUAGUUCCUAUAUUGUGUACCCAGGUGCACUCUUUGGGCUGCCUUUCCUCAAAUAGAAAUGUUUUUCCGAAAGCUACGACCCAUGCGUCCACAGACUGUCCCAUUUUCAGUUCUCACAAAGUGAAUUUAGAAUGAUGUACAAUUUAGUGUCUAUCGAGUUGUGAUGUCCUCAUAAGAAAACCUAAAAGCAAAAAGUAGACUGAGUUGAUGUUUCAGGUGGAUUUAUUUAUUUUACGAUGUUUCUGCUGACACUGUACUUGUGUAUUUAUUAGACAUAGCUUUCUCGAUAUUGCUAUGGGUGACAAGCACUAGCGGUUCAAUCUAUUUCAAGACAUCCUAGAAAUAAAUCAUCUGAGCAUGAGAAGUGGGUGGACAUCCAGCGCCAUGGUGUCAUCUUCAUUUCUGAUUUCUGAGGAGCCAUGGACCCGGGUCUCCCUCGCCAUGCGAUCUAUUUUAAAACCAGACCUCACAAAACAGUCAGCUAAGUGCAGUGGAUUCUUCUCAUUCUUGGGAUGUAGCAAAUCCUCCAGACCCUACAUUUCAUCUUUCUAUUGGCCUUGUUCCAUUUGAAGAUAUUUUUUCUUCAAGCUAGAAAACCCACUAAAAAUCCUGGCUUUCGCAUUUCAGACUUUCCUUGGCCAAACCACCCCUUCUUUGCACAUUGUAAAGAGAGACCUGUCAAGAAUACACCACACAGCUAUCACGUCAGUGGAAGACUCCCACUGCACUGUCAUUCUCUUGCCAAGAGAACUCAGACUGUUCUCAUUCGAGCAGCUACACAGCACUAACGGUUCCCUUUUAUAUCAAAUGCCAGGUCUGUAACAAGUGCACAGCGCUUCAGUUUUAAAACAUACUCUGGAGACAUUUUAUCAAAUUUCUGUAAAUUAAAGAGGCCAAAGGGUUUGGGUUACCUUAGGUUUGAAAAUUAAAUUACUGGUCUCACCAGCCAGAGCCAAACCAAACCCGCAGGUAAUGAGAUACAGGGUCAGGCCAGUUUACCCCACCCCACCCUCUUGGUCCUUACCAUAGAUGGAAAUUUGAUACAGAACAAAUCUGAAUCUGACCCAAUAUUCAAAUACUGAUGUGCAUCCCAGUUUAGGUUAAAGGACAUAGUCUAUUAAAAUCAAGUCUGAGAUUUAAGCAGGAAGGAUUACUAACGUAUGUAAAUAGGACCCAGAGGAGGCUCUUGCCACCCAAGCUUGAGGACCUCAGCUUGAUCCCAGAAUCAAUGGAGGAUUAAAAGGAGAAAAAACGGUUCCAUCAAAUUAUCUAUCCUCUGUCUCCAUGUGUGCCAAGUCUACACACAUAAUAAUAAAUAAAAUAAAAAAUUUCAAAGUAUU